CUCCUCUCCUCCGGCAAUGGAGUACUCACCAAGGUCUGGACCUGGACAGGAAACACCAUCACACAACAAGGGCCUGCAGGGACUUGGAGUGGAGACACCGCAUGCUGCUGCCUUCUCUCUCCAGCUCGGCUACGCGGCCCAGCUGCUGCUAAAAAAAGACUGCUUGUCCCAAUUCACUUACGCACAAUUACGACUGUGUACUCUCUCCUCAUGCCUUCCUCGUCAGUACCACCUUGUUAACGAACCAAAGACCUGGACUGAAGCCCAGAGAUACUGCAGAGAGAAGUACACUGACCUGGCCACCAUAGACAACAUGGAGGACAUGAAUAGAGUCUAUGGGGCUUCGAGUGGUUACACAGGAAAGUUCUGGAUAGGUCUGUAUGGUGACAUCAACACCUGGAGCUGGUCUCAGGGACGUAGUCCAUUCUACAGAGAGGGAGAGACCGUCUUCACUAACUGGGCUGAUGGACAGCCCAAUAACAACAACGGUAAUCAGUUCUGUGUGGGGCAUCCCAAGGAAGGAGUGACGUUUGUCUACAUUGAUCAAAAAAUGAACUGGACGGAAGCUCAGAGUUACUGCAGGCAGCACUACACAGACCUGGCCAGUGUGAGGAGCCAGACUGAGAACCAGCAGAUUGAGGAUAUCAAACCUGCAAAUGUCAAGGCCUGGAUCGGCCUGUACAGAGAUUCCUGGAAGUGGUCAGAUGGUAGCAACUCCUCCUUCACAUCCUGGGGUAAUAACGACCCUAAUGACUACAGAAACGGUAAAUUCUGCACAGCAGCAGGGAUGAUUCCACCAAGGUGGGAAGAUCGGUCUUGUACUGAUUCCUUUCCCUUCAUCUGCUACAUCGUGAAGAUCAACAUGAAUCAACAAGUCUCAUCCUGCUGUGAUGCAGGCCAUCUUACAACAGGUCCAGGUGAAGCUGAGAGAGAAGGGGCUGACUGAAGACUUCCAACCGAGGUGGAGAAAGCAGCCAGAUGGAAAGGUCUUCCACAAGGAGGAAGAAGAGAGUUCUCAGAGGAAGAGGAAGAAAAGGGAGAGGAAACCUGUUCUGACUAAGAGGGAACUCUAAAUACGUAAAUAGGCACAAGGUUAAACUGUAAUUGUUUUACUCAAACCCCUGUAGUUUAUAUUAAUGCAGAGCUAAAGUGAUUUUCUUUUCUUUGUUUUCUUGGCCAAUCCCGGUCCAGAAAUAUUUGUUUCAACCUGUCUAAACUUUUUUGGGGAAAAAAUGUUUUCAACUUGUAGAAACUUGUUUUGUAAAAUAUUUGUUCAGCCUUUUGAAACUUUUGGUUCUCACACACAGUGAAAGGAAAAGAGAGGACAAGGGAGAGGAGAACAGAGAAACCUAAAACAGAUUAAAGCAGAACAGAGUACUCUGGCGUACUUAAAGCAGAGAACAGCAGAGUAUCCUCAUCAAGUACUCAUCAAUGAUGCAAACCUUUUUUUCAUUCUUUUUUAUACCUGUAGAAACUUAUUUCUCAAAAAAUAAAUGUAAUAUAUG